AUGAAGCUGGAGAAUUUUGAAAAAGAAAAAUGCAAAACCAGAAAAGAAGGGUAAAUGAUCAACGAAUUGUAUUAUUAUUUAUUAUUAUAAAUAAAGCUAAAAAUUUGAUUAUGCAUAUGUAAACAACUGGAAUAUAAAGGAAGAGGUGCUAUAAAGAAAACAAGAAAAAUUGCAUUGA